UCGGCUCCUCUUUCAACUCCCUCCUCUGCUCGGCUCAGAGCCGGCGGAUCUUUACUCCCUCCCUCCGUCCUUGCGCUUUGGUACGAGCCGAUGCCCGGAGGCGGAGGGAGGAAAAGGAAAAGGAAGCGGGCCGAUCUUAAAGGGGACGCAGGUUCUUCAUUUUUUUUAAACUGCUUUCUCCAAUUUCGCCACGACGGACACAGAGGAGCAGGUUCCCCGAAGCCGAGCGCGGCUGGAGCAGCAGGCAUCGCUGCGGGGGGGAGCGCCGCGGGCCAGGCGGGGUGUGAGGCUGCCCAUCGGAAGGGCGGGUGCUGGCCCCGCGCUCCGCCCCCGGCCGGUUGCGGAGGUGGCAUCUGGGGCAGCGGGGCAGGUGGCACACCAGGGCGAGGCCGGAGGUGAGGCCGCGCCGGCGGGGCUGGGACAGCGCUGGCCCCGGUGGAGCGGGCCCCGGGCGGCGCGGAGGCCGCCGCGAUGCCGGGUGAAAACAUCUUCCUGUUCGUGCCCAACCUCAUCGGUUACGCCCGGAUCGUCUUCGCCAUCGUUUCCUUCUACUUCAUGCCGUGCUGCCCCCUCACGGCCUCCUCCUUCUACCUGCUCAGCGGGCUUCUGGACGCUGUCGAUGGACACGCGGCCCGAGCCCUUAACCAAGGAACCCGGUUCGGGGCCAUGCUGGACAUGCUGACGGACCGCUGCUCCACUAUGUGUCUGUUGGUCAACCUGGCCCUGCUGUACCCUCGGGCCACGCUUCUCUUCCAGCUCAGCAUGAGCCUGGAUGUGGCCAGUCACUGGCUCCAUCUGCACAGCUCCGUGGUGCGAGGCAGUGAGAGUCACAAGAUGAUCGACCUGUCUGGGAAUCCCGUGCUCCGGAUCUACUACACCUCCAGGCCUGCUCUCUUCACGCUGUGUGCUGGAAAUGAGCUCUUCUACUGCCUGCUCUACCUGCUCAGCUUCUCUGAGGGACCGUCAGUGGGGUCUGUGGGGCUUUUCCAAGUGGGCUUCUGGAUCACCGCCCCCAUCGCCUUGCUCAAGUCUGCCAUCAGCGUCGUCCACCUGGUCACUGCUGCCCGCAACAUGGCUGCCCUGGAUGCGGCCGACCGUGCCAAGAAGCAGUGAGCCUGGACCCUCCGCCCUCACUGCCCGGGCGUCUGGCGGUGCCACAGGGCCCCUCCCCUCCCAGGAGCCAAGUCUCACCUUCCUGUGUGGCUCUCCGCCUGGCCUGUGGGUGGGUCAGCCUGUCUCUGGUGUCACCACCAUUCUGGGUCCCAGGGACCGCGCUCCACAUGAGGAAGAGUUCAGAGCCCCGGCCCUUGGCGGUGCUCCAGUACGGGAGGCCUCUGAGGACCGGGCCUCGAACACCCUGCUGGCUCAGCCUAGGGCUUCCGGCCUGAGUUGGGGGCACCUGCGGGCCAGAGCUGAUGCAGGGCUGGCUUCCCGAAGGCAGAGGAGUGGGACCCCUGCCCGUCCAGGGGCACCAUGGCAGGGGGAAGGGGUUGGCAUCCAUCUGCCUGGCCCUGGAGGCUUCAUAAUAAAGACAGGAGCUUCACUUUUGUGGGCGUGGUUUCCUUUGAGACAUUUUGGGGUCAGGUCUGGGUUGAGGGGAGCAUGGAGAGAAAGGGAAAUGUAUCUGGAUGCUUCCCCCCAGCUCUCUGGCUGGCUCCUUCGCACGUCACAGUGCACAGUGACCCUCUCAGAGGGGCCCUUCCUGCACCCAGCCUCAUGCAGCCUUUCUCUGACCUCCUACAUUCUGCUUUGCUUUGUAUUCUUGGCCCGACUAGAGUGCGAACUCUGGGAAGCCAGACUUUUCCUCUUCCUUUCUCUGUGGAAUGAAGGUUACCUUAACCUGGCAUACAGUAGCUGCUUAAUAAAUGUUCCUGAAAAGAUCA